GAUGCAUUGCCAUUUGACAGCCAAGCUAAGCGGCCAUGUUUUUACGCGUUGCAAGAUGAUCAGUCAGUUGAUCUGCGUGGGAUAGUAUAAUUUUUGUUUAAAUAAUACUUAUUAUAAGAAUGAAAUAAGUACAUCUAAAGGCUGAAUAUAUGCUAUAUAGUUGUGAAUAAUUAUAGACGUCCACAUUUUUUGUAAUGCAGAAUCAAGACCAAUUGGAGUCAACAAGUAUUGGCGAAAUAUCGUCACAAAGCUUGAAAAGACACCACGAAGAUGAUGAUGAAGAAGAAGUGCCUAUACAAAAGAAGCGUGAAGAACAUGCUUCAGUAGUUGCAGCACAUUACAAUCACUUAGAAGAGAAAGGUCUUAAGGAACGGUUCAAUUCGCCAAUAUUCUACCUCAGAAACUUCAAUAAUUGGGUUAAAAGUGUUUUAAUACAAGAAUACACAGACAAAGUACGAGAAAAGGAUUAUGGAAGACCUAUAAGAGUUCUUGAUAUAUGCUGUGGUAAAGGAGGAGAUUUAAGUAAAUGGCAAAAGGCCCGUGUAGAAAAAGUUAUUUUUGCAGACAUAGCCGAGGUAUCUGUACAGCAAUGCCAAAAUCGAUAUGAUGAUCUUCGUAAGCGUUGUGGUAGGCUGUUCUCUGCAGAGUUUAUUGCUGCAGAUUGUACUAAGGAACCCCUGAGAGACAAGUACACAGAUCCUUCAAUCAAUUUUGAUGUUGUGAGUUGCCAAUUUGGACUCCAUUACAGUUUCGAAAGUUUAAAACAAGCACGUCGGAUGCUGACAAACAUCUCUGAGUGCAUAAGACCUGAUGGUUACUUCUUUGGGACAAUCCCCAAUGCCUAUGAAAUAGUUGCUAGAGCACGAAAGUCUGAUGAUGGCUUGUCAUUUGGAAACAGGAUCUAUAAUAUAAAAUUAUUAUUUGAUCCUAAAGAUACUUAUCCCUUAUUUGGUGGAAAAUAUGAUUUUCAUUUAGAAGGAGUAGUAGAUUGUCCUGAGUUUUUAGUAAAUUUUGAACUAUUUGAAAAACUUGCAGCAGAAUAUGGCCUAGAGCUAGUAUAUAAAGCGGGCUUUGCAGAGUUUUUCAAAGAUCAUAAAGAUAACUAUAAGCAACUUCUGAACAGGAUAAUGUGUUUUGAAAGCUACCCAGCUCCACCAGGCAAGGAGCUUAUUGGAGAGGAAUCAGAGUAUGAACAUGCUAAAGCUUUCUGGGAAAAGAUUGAAAAUAAAAGUGAGAGAGACAGACUUGGCACUAUGAGUAAAAGUGAAUGGGAGGUAGCCACUAUUUAUAUGGCAUUUGCUUUCAAGAAACGCAAAGGUACUUUGGAUGCUAAUGGAAAAACUGUGUAUACAAACAACCCUCAAGAGAAACAAACUACAAGUAAAAAUUAACAAACAUGUAUUAGGUGGAACAUAAUACAAAAACAAAUGUUAUACUUAUUAAUUACAUGAAGUUUAUUGAAUUCAGCAGUAUAGUGUAAAGAAAAAAUAUAUGUAGGUAACCUACAUUAUCAUUAUGCCUAUUACCGUGAAUACAAGUAAUGAACACAAACAGUACAUAGAACAUAAAAUUGUAUACCUACUGCAAAAUGAAUUACUGAAAUGUUUAACAAAAUGCUUUGUAUUGUAGGUAUGUGAAAGACAAAAAGACCUGUUUUUUUAAGCAAAAAGUAUUUAAGUUUGUAUUUAUAUUAAUAUAUAUUGUGAACAAAGAAACAAUAAAAUUUUAUCUUUUA